GCCCGCCCGGCGGCCGGCGCAUGUGGCCGGCGCCCGCGGGCCGUGUCAGUUGCAGCCUGCCACCGCGUGGCCCGCGCGAUCCUCGUUCCGGGCCGCCGCGCUCCGGACCGCCAGACCCCGCGCAGGCUCGGGGCGCGGCGUUGGGGGGACCAGCGGGGGACCGGGGCGAGCGAGGGUCCCGGGUGCGGGUUCCUCCUACAAGUCCCCACCCGCAGGGAUGGUGCGCUCCCUCGCCGGUUCCCGGCGGCGGCGGCGGCGGCGGCGGCUGUGACUCGUGGUCUGGAGUACUUUAGCCCAGCAGCCCAGAUUCAGCGUUGUGUGCUGCAGACUCCAGUGUUGAUGAAGUUCGCCUCUCUUUUAGCUUCCAUGGUUAGGAUUGUGAAAUGCUGUUUAGGUCUCGAAACUUAGGUUUUUGGCUUUUUUUUUUUUCUUCUUCCUCUUUGCCUGUUAACGUGCUAAGCUUAAAAAAUAUGUUCUUCACUAGUGGGUCUAGGAAUACCAUUUCUAUUAGGGCCCCUUAUCAGCUCUUUUUGGAAUCACCUUUGCCGCACUGUUCGUUUUUCCAGUAUUCCUGGUGUAGAGGACCCUUUUCUAAUUCAUGGCUGUAUUCCCAAAGUGAAGUUGAGGUAAUAUUAGCCUGAAGUCCAGUCAGUCCUCUUAGUGAGAGAGAGACUUCAAGCUUCCGGAUGAGUGGAACAUUUAGAAACAUAAUGACCUUGGUAAUCACCUAAAUAAUUUAGUCACCAGAGGCCGAAAGCUACACACUGAAAAGGUAAAGUCAUUCGUGUUAUCUUAUUCAGCUGUUUUCACAGUUGAUAUUAAGGAUGGGUCGCUCAGAUAGCUGGAAUGGCAGGGCUAGUUAGCCACUGUGGGAGUGGCCAGGUCUCUGCUGACCUGCUUAUUCAGGAGGAGUAAGAGAGGAUGCCCAACCAAAGAAGGGUCUCAUGGUACCGUUUUCAAAAUGUGUGCAGUUUGGGCAUAUGAUGGCUUGUUAAAGAAUUGUGCGUAUUUGGUUAUUUAUUUAUUUUGGUUUUUUUCAAGACAGGGUUUCUCUGUACAGCCCUGGCCAUCCUGGAACUCACUUUGUAGACCAGGCUGGCUUGGACCUCAGAAAUCCACCUGUCUCUGCCUCCCAAGUGCUGGGAUUAAAGGCAUGCGUCACCACUGCCGGGCUUGUGUGUGCUUAAGAGAAGUCUCCUGGCCUGUGUGGGAAACUCAUGAAGACAGGCUAGAUUGGCCUUACUCCUGGAGAUACCCCUGCCUCUCUAGUCCUGGGAUCAUGGCAGUGGUCCACCACACCAGGCUGUGUGCAGUCUAGCUGCAUGCGGCGGUACCAGAUAGAGUAUGAGGCCAGCCUGGACAACAAAACCACUGUCUCAGAGUGUUAAAAGAGCACUGGACUUGUAAAAAAAAUUCAUAUUGUAGUCAGUUUGUAAUUACAUCACAAUUUUAUUCCAGUCCGUAGUGUCUUUCCAUUAAAGAACUGGAAGUUUCUUUCCUCCCCCCACCCCCAAGUCAGCAUGAACAAACUGGAUCUCCUUUGGGACUCAAAACCUGGUGCAGUAGGGACUGGAAGCAUGGCAGGUUGCUAUCUUAUAUUCUGGCUAAAGGAAUUUGGAAAGGGACAAAGGGGGUCAAGGAAAAAUGGCAGUCUUCAAGGAGACUCCAGGGCCCAACAAUCUAAUUACCCGUUUUUUAAGAUCUCUGCUUUUGGGCGGAGGUGGUGUAACCCGGGAGCUUUCACAAGCACUGUCUUCACCUGCAGAUGAGAGAAAGGAGGCCCAGCUAAUCAUGCAUGCAGAUGGCACAGUUAGUGGCAGCCCUGGGACUAGAGAGCCUUGAUGCCCAGUCUCUGCUUCGGGUUUGCUUAAGAGCUAAGACCUGAAGCCAGAGCAUAGCUUCCCACUGUCACACAGGAUAGGAACUGAAUGAAGAUAGCUGGAAGGAAUCCUGGGACUCUCCACUUUGGGACAGCUAUAUGACCUAGAGCAAACAGACCCCGCAGCCCUGCACCACAAAUCUGAGAAAUUUCUUCCUUUCUGGUCUCCUUCUGAACCACUCGGAGAUAGAAGAGGCUUUUUCCUACGGGACGCUCCUUGUCUCAAUGUUGUGGCUCUUUGGAGUAUAAAUAUUUUAUCUCAGACUAAAUUAUUUUGGUGGUGCAAGGCAAAAAAAGGUAACUGUCCAGUUCUUUAAUCCCAG